AUGAGCGUGGAGGAGAAGGUUCGCAAUCUCGUCGAUGCCUCUGCCGGCGUCAAGUCGCUGGGGCUCCCACCUCACGGUUGGUGGAACGAGGGCCUUCAUGGGGUUGGCUUUUCCCCUGGCGUGCUAUUUGCACAAGACUCGGAGCCCUUCGGUUACGCCACAAGCUUUCCCUUGCCAAUUCUGACGGCGGCGAGUUUCGACGACGACCUCUUCAAUGCAAUCGGCCAGGUCAUCGGCAGGGAGGGUCGCGCUUUCAGCAACUACGGCUACGCAGGCUUCAACUUCUGGACGCCCAACAUGAACGCGUUCCGGGAUCCACGAUGGGGCCGAGGCCAAGAGACCCCGGGAGAAGACGUCCUGGUCGUCUCCAACUACGUCCAGAGCUACGUCACGGGGCUGCAGGGCAGCGAUCCCACCGACAAGGUCAUCAUCGCUGCUUGCAAGCAUUUCGCUGCCUACGACAUCGAAACUGCCCGGCGUGCUAACAACUACAACCCCACUCAGCAAGACCUGCAGGAUUACUACCUGCCCGCCUUCAGACGCUGUGUGCGAGACAGCCAUGUCGGCACCGUCAUGUGCUCCUACAACAGUGUCGACGGAAUCCCGGCAUGCAGCAGCGAGUACUUGUUGAAGGAGGUCCUCAGAGACACCUGGGGCUUCACCAACGACUAUCAGUUCGUCGUGUCCGACUGCGGCGCGGUGACGGACGUGUGGCUUCUGCACAACUUCACCAACACGGAGCAGGACGCAGCCUCCGUCUCGAUGGCUGCUGGCACAGAUCUAGAGUGUGGCUCCUCCUACCUCCACCUCAACGGCUCCCUGGCCGACAAACAAGUCACGCAGGAACGCGUUGACGAGGCUCUGACGCGCCUGUACAAGGCACUCUUCACCGUAGGGUAUUUCGAUGGCAGUAGUCAUAGCUCACUAGGCUGGUCUGACGUGUCGACUAUCGAUGCGCAGCAGAUUGCCUGUGAGGCUGCUCGCGCGGGGAUGACCCUCCUCAAGAAUGACGGUGUUCUUCCGCUCGCCGACGGCAAGUACAAGUCCGUCGCCCUCAUCGGGCCCUUUGCCAACGCCACGACGCAGAUGCAAGGGAACUACUUUGGGAGGGCACCCUUCGUGCGGAGCCCCCUCUGGGCUUUCACGCAGCAGAGCAGCCUGCAGGUAAACUAUGCAGCGGGCACCGACAUCAACAGCACCAGCGACAGCGGCUUCGCGGACGCACUGGCGGCCGCCAAGAAUUCCGAUAUUGUCAUCUUCUGCGGUGGAAUCGACACCACUAUCGAGGCGGAGACACUUGACCGUGUUUCCAUCACCUGGCCAGGUAACCAACUCGAUCUCAUCAGCCAACUGUCGAUGCUAGGCAAGCCCCUGGUCGUUGCCCAGUUCGGCGGCGGACAGGUCGACGACACUGCCCUGGUGGAUAACGCCAACGUGAACGCCCUAUUCUGGGCAGGGUUGCCAGGCCAGGCCGGAGGCCUGGCCAUGUAUGAUCUCGUCGUCGGCAAAGCGUCCUUUGCUGGCAGAUUACCAACCACGCAGUACCCUGCCAGCUACGCCGAUCUUGUCAGCAUUUUCAACAUCAACCUCAGACCAAACGGGACGUUUCCCGGAAGGACCUACAAGUGGUAUAUCGGCGAGCCCGUAUUCCCUUUCGGAUUCGGUCUGCACUACACCAAGUUCAAUUUUACCUGGAAGGACACAUUAGAGCCUACAUAUGAUAUUUCCAAUAUCAUUUCCUGGGCACGGUCUCAGAACAAUGGGCACGUCACCGACACCACGCCUUUCACGUCGGUCAAUGUGACGGUCAAAAACGUGGGCAAUGUCAGAUCUGACUACGUCGGUCUUCUUUUCCUCUCGAGCAAAAACGCCGGCCCCGUACCGCGGCCGAAUAAGUCGCUUGCGUCAUACUCGCGGGCUCACGAUAUCGAGACCGGUGCCAGCGACCAGCUCACGCUGAAAUUGACCCUCGGCUCGUUCGCCAGGUCAGACUCCCAGGGGAACCUGACGAUCUUCCCCGGCGACUACAAGUUAGAGCUGGACAACGACAAGUCUUUGGUCUUUGACUUCACUCUCACCGGCGACCCCGCUGUGAUCGACUCCCUCCCUGCCCCGAAGCCCAGCUACGAGUUCGCUGUGCCGGUCCACAUCCAGCCUCCGUCCGACAGGCCAUUGGGUCCGGCCUAA